UGCAGGGUCCCGCAGGACCCCGCAGGAUCGUUCAAGAUCCUGCAAAGGCUUGACUGACCUGGGUCGGCAUUGACCUGGCCCAGUUCGUCCCCGAUGCUCCAGGCCACCCCCAGGUGCGCGGAGGCAGCCGCGUCAGGCGCCCUCUUGGCCUCUGUCGGAGACAGUUGCCCGCGCUCUCCAGGGGCCCGCGCGAGAGCUCGGAGGCACACCGGUGCGGUGCACGCCGCGCGGCGCGCCGCGCUAAACCAGCGAAACACCUCCCGUCGUGAUCUUCGUUCGUGACCCGAGGGGGGUCUGGGGCGGUUGUGGAUGGAUCCCCGCCUCGCAAGAAUCGGUGGAGACCCCGGGGGGGAAGUGAGAGGGGCGGGCCUUUUCGAGGAGGCUCGGCAGUCCGUCGGCCUUCCGAGAAGCUCCCGGAGCCUUCCCCGUACGGACGCAGGAAGCUGCUCACGGGGCGCGCGGGCUGCCGCGAAGUCCCGCCGCCAUCCGAGAAGGCCUCCUCCUCGCUUCCCCCCCAUCGCCCGCCGCCGACGAGGAGGCGCUCCCCGAGACCUCGGUGCGAGCCCUCCGGCCGCGGGCGGGCGCCAUGGGCGCCGGGGCGCUCCGCCGGGCGGCCGCGCCGCCGCUGCUGCAGCUGCUGCCGCCCCUCCUCUGCGGGGCGUGCGCGGAGGAGGCGGGCGGCGCUGCGGGCUCACUGUGCCUCGCUGCGCAGGGCGGGGCGGCCUGCGAGGGACUCGCACGGGACCACGCGGCGCGCGGCGCGCGGUUGGACCUGGCGAGGGACGCCGAGGAGGUUGCCUACCUGAACCUCGGAGCGGUGAACACCACCUUCGUCGCAGAGCUCCGCGAGAUGCUGACUCCGGAGGCGUGGACGGCCGAGGAGGAGGAGCGGACCAACGCUGUGCUGAAGGGCCGCCGCGCGAAGUUCUACGGUCCGAGACCUGGCGUCACGACGAUCCGGUUGAUCUACUCGGAUAUGGACCUCACGCAGUUCUUCGAGUUCCCCUGGUGGGAUAGGUUCAAGCCCGCCGUGCUGCCAAUCCUGCAGGGGGUGUUCGAGCAAUACGGCUUGAACCCAGACCGCCACGUCAUCAGGGCCCAGCUGAACCGCGUGGAGCCUGGUGGAGAGAUCAGGCCCCACGUGGACCAGGGCAUCUGGGCGACGAAUGCCCACCGUGUCCACGUGCCCGUGGUCGCGAACGCGGACUGCAGCAUCUUCGUGCGGCGCCACGGGGCAGGAAAGGGCCGGCCGCAUCUGCCGUGGAGGCGCCUCCUGCUGCAGGAGGGCUUCGCCUACGAGCUCAACAACAGAUGGCAGCACCGAGUCGUGAACGAGGGGUCCACCGAUCGUGUGCACCUGCUCGUGGACUGGACCGAUACGGGGGACCGCCGAAGAGAGGUGCUGGCCCCUGGUCAGGUCUGCCACGAGGACGGGCUGCUGCAGGGCCUCGGUUGUCGCGACUGGAGCCAGGAGGAGUACUUGCGGGCGCUCCGCAGGAAGAUGGCCGGGAGAGCGAGGCGGCGCCAGGCCGAGCGAGAAGCUGCAGGUGGCCCCGACGAGGGGGCCGCGGCCGGCACCGGCCCGGCGAGCGCCCCCGCGGCCGGCAGCGGCGGGAGCUCUCGGCGCGGCGGGGGCGCAGGGGGCGGAGAUCUGUGAGAGCUGUGAGGCCGCA